CUAUUACAGACAAGACGCCGUAAUUAACACAGGCAGAAUUGAGACGAGUUUCAGACACGCCGCAAGUGUCACCUAAGUUCCGCGGACCAUUAGCUACAGACACAUAACACACAAACACUUUGACACUGACAGAGCUAGCAGCUCUUUCACAAAAAACGCGACCGGCGUUGCAAAGUGGUUUGGCCGAGUUCGCAGCUUAAAAGCCUGUCGCAAUCGGUCAUAUUCAGUCCAGCUUAUACGCGGGUUGCUUUACACAGUCGCCGGCCGCUGGGACGCCAGACCUCGCCGGAGCAGGCUUCCAGUGGACUGAGCGCCACCUCCGCGUGACGGGCGUAGAGGCAGGGCUUGGACCUACGGGUGCAAUGCUAUUGCAGUAGCGGCCCAGGAGGCAAAUCCCUACGACUUGUGGCCCAGCUGAGCGAGGAAACCAGCGAGAAAAAUGUUCUCACGAGCGGGCGCGACGCAAGUCCAGCCCCUGGCUGGGGCAGAUGACUUCUUCGGGCGGCCCGACAUGAUGGCCGGAAAUAGCGUGACGCACACGCGCAUGCCCACAAAAUGUAACAGCGGCCUGCUUGCGCUCAAGGUGCCGGACCCGCCACAGUUUGCACCCUCAGCGGUUUGCGCUAUCAGCGCGGACGGCAAAAUAGCGGCGGUUGGCGGCCGCGACAUCGAGUUGUUUCUGUGGGACGUUGACACGGGUGACCUGCUGUCAAAGAUCCGUGGGCACGACAUUUUCUGGGUGGGCUCACACGACAACACGUUCUUCAUUACCUGCCAAGAGGAUGGCAAGGUCCUCCUUUGGGACCGGAGUACGAUGCGCACGACCGUGACGCUAGGCGAGGUGACGGAGGGAAUCACGUGUUGCCACAUUGCCGCGGAAAACGACUUUGUUGUGGUGGGCAGCUCCAAGGGCAACUUGUACACCUGGGACACGGACACGGGCACUGUGGCGCACAUGUACGAGGCGGGACACAAGGGGCCGGUGCAGUUCGCGCAGGUGUACAACCUGCCCAGCUACGGCCGCUGUGUGGUGUCGUGCGGCGCCAAGGACCACACGGUGGUGGUGUGGGACCUGCUCAGCGGCGAGCCGCGCGCGCUGAUUGAGAUCAAGGAGCUGGAGCACGCCAAGAACCUCAGAUACGACGUGACGCGCGACGGCGCUCGCGUGGUGGUGUGGUGCACGGACUCGGUGCCGUUUCCCAACCUGGUGGUGGUGGACGUCAUGUCUCAGAACAAGAUCAGCGUGUACUGCCACGAGGGCCUGGUGCGCCAGGCGGUGUUCACGCCCAACGGCGACCGCAUUGUCAGCUCCGGCAACGACAACAAGCUGCAGGUGUGGGACACGUUCUCGCUGGAGAACCUGGUGACCAUGACCGGCCACGAGGGCAGCGUGCUGUGCUGCGCCGUGAACGAGGCGGCCACGCGCGUGGUGUCGGGCGGCGAGGACUGCGCGGUGCGGCUGUGGAGCCUGGAGGACGGCAAACAACUGCUGGCCUUCCAGGCACAGGACGAGCCCAUCAAGACGGUGCAGUUCAGCUCGUCGGGGCAGAAGAUCCUGUCGUGCGACGUCACGGGCCGCGUGUAUGUGUGGUCCAUGCACGCCGAGUUCCUGACCAACCUCAUGCGCCGCUACGCCGACAACAUCAGCGCCGUCACCAUGUCCAACGACAUGAAGCUCUGCCUCGUGGGCUGCAACAACGGCCGCGUGAUGUUGUGGGACGUGGAGCGGCGUGAGAGCAUGUGGGAGUACACGCACCACACCGGCCGCGUGGAGGCGGCGGCCUUCAACUCCAUGCGCGACAUGUGCGCCACCGCCGGCGCCGACGGCCGCAUCGUGCUGCUGUUUGCGGACAGCGGCAAGCAGGCCAACAGCUUCCUGGGCGCGGAGGAGCCGAUGAUGACGGUGCAGUUCUCGCCGGACGAUGAGCGCAUUGCGGGCUGCGCCGCCGACGGCAAGCUGUACCUGUACCAGACCGCCGGUUCCAGCCGCAAGCCAAAGGCCGUGCUGCGCUCCAACGUGGCGCGCAUCCUGAACCACGUGUGGUCGCCCAACAGCAAGCUGGUGGCGGGCUCCUGCAGCGACGGCACCAUGAUGGUGUGGAACGCAUCCAGCGGCGGCAUCCACUCGGUGCUGGAGGGCGCCGCCGCCGCCGCCACCUGCUGCUGCUUCGACCUGAUCGGCAAGCUGCUGGCGGUGGGCACGGUGCUGGGCUCCACGCUUCUGUACAACCUGGAGACCAGCGAGCUGCUGGUGGAGCUCAAGGGCAACGCCAGCCCGCUCAAGGAGGUGGUGUUCAACCAGGAGACCAGCCAGCUCACCACCAUGUGCAGCCGGCAGGCGGCGGUGUGGGACGUGGCCACGGCCAGCAAGAUCCGCGUGUUUGACUUUGUGAUGGACAAGGCCGGCGACUUCAAAUCGCCGCCGCACCCCUACCGCUGGGCGGUGGCGCACAACAGCACGGUGCUGUUUGACCACGAGUCGGAGGCGCUGGUGCUGGACAUGCUCACCAUCGACGACCCGCUGCUGCGCUCCUACUACCUGGCGGACGUGCAGACCAUCGCGUCGGGCUUCAACCACCGCAAGCUGCUGGUGUGGUCGGCGGCGGGAAGCAACGCGCCCGACAAGUUCCACACCACGCACGACGCCAUCACCUCGACGCACUUCAGCCACGACGACCGACUGGUGGUGAUGGGCACGCAGGACGGCAACGUGGUGGUGUACGACGUGGUGCACGGCGAGACGGUGGAGAUGAUCGUGGGCCACCAGAACGGCCCCUGCCGCUGCGUCAAACUCAGCGCCGACAACCGCGAGGUGCUGUCCUCGGGCGCCGACUCCAAGGUGGUGCUGUGGGACUGGCGCAAGCGCGCGCCGCUGCGCAUCUACUCGGGCCACUUCGUGUCCAUUGGCUGCUGCGAUAUCAGCGCGCAGGGCAACCGCGUCGUGUCGGGCGACAACCACGGCAUGAUCUGCGUGUGGGAGAAGGACUCGGGCAACUCGGUGCAGACGCUGCCGCUGGCGCACUCCAAGGCGGUAUUGUCGGUGUCCAUCUCCGCCGACGGCUCCACCAUCGCCUCCGUAGGCGCGGACGACAAGGUGUCCAUCUGGAACGUGGACAUCGGCAUUGAGCUGGUGUCGCUGACGGCGGCCAUGGAGUCGCACCCGCUCUACUGCUCCUUCUCGCCCGACGGCAACAAGCUCGCCGUCACCGAGUCCAACGGCAACGUGAUGGUGUGGAACGUGGCGGCGGGCUGCCAAUGGUACAUGAUCUACCAGGCGCACAAGGGCAAGGUGACGGGCUGCUCCUGGUCCGCCGACUGCCGCAAGUUCACCACCUGCGGCACGGACUCAGUCACGGCGGUGUGGGACGCGGAGGGCGGCCAGCCGCUGUUCAAGUUCAACCUCAAGGCGGGCCCGCUCACCAGCUGCGCCGUGUCGCCGUCGGGGCUGUACGUGGCGGCCGGCUCCACCACCGGCACGCUGUCCGUGUCCAACCUGGCCAUGGCCAGCCGCUCCACGCCCGAACCGUCCUUCCUGUUCCACUGGCUCGCCACGCAUGAGCUCAAGCAGAGCAACUUCCUGUGGAUGCGCCUGCUGGCCAUGUAUCCCUACCUCACCAACGUGCAGGACGCGCAGGGCUGGUCCAUCGCGCUGCACGCGCUGUCGCGCGGCAACGCCGAGGUGUCCAACCUCAUCCUGGACUCGCUCUCCAACGACUGCGGCAUCCUGGGCCUCAUCUCCGCGGUGCCCUUCGCCAUCGCCACCCGCGUCAAGAUCCACCAGGAGGAGACCGGCGGCCUGUUUGGCGGCGGCGGCGGCGAUAAGGCUGCCCGCCCCACUUCCGCCUGGGGAGGCGGCGGCGAGCGCAGCGGCGGCGCGCGGCCGCGCACGGCGCUGGGCACGGGCAGCAUGGCUGACGGCAACAAGUCGGCGCGGCGCGCCUCGCUGGCGUUCCUGGGCGGCGGCAAGGACGACGAUGGGCAGCUCUUGGGCCCCGACAUGCGGCAGAACAGCAACCUGCGCGACGUGCUGGUGCAGAAGUCCAAGGCCUCCUUCUCGCAGAACCUGAAGAAGGUGGCGGUGGAGAUGGUGACGGAGGCGCGCGAUCACGACCAGAUGGCGCUGAUCCAGAACAACGCCGUGGCGCUGGCGCUCAACUCCAAGUCCUCCGAGUGCGUGCAGGCGGUGCUGGACUCGGCGGCCUCCAACAAGGUGUCCUGGGGCUCCUACCACGCCAUCACCGACAUGAUGCCCAGCCUGGCGCUGCGCUACCCCAUCAUGUGCUACCACUUCCUGGCGGCGCUCAACCUGCGCCACUUGGGCGACCUGGAGGUGCCGGUGGCGGUGCUCAAGGGCCUGGACCGCUCCGUCAUCCGCACCGCGCCCAUCUUCACCAACGUGAAGAACCUGUGGCAGGGGCACCUCAAGCUGCACGAGGUCAAGUUCGGGCCGCAGCCGUACGCGCACGUGAAGGCCAGCAUGGUGCGCCUGCCGUACGCCUGCUCCAUCGGCCGCGACUCGCUGCUGCAAACGCUGGUGGAGAGCGACGUGCCCGUCAAGGUGUACGGCACGCCCACGCUGCGCGCCAUCAUCAAGCACAAGUGGCGCCUGUACGCGCGGCGCAAGCUGCUGGUGCGCUCGCUCAUCUACGUCUUCUACGUCAUCAUGUUCACGGUCACAGGCGUGCUGUUCUCCAUGGAGAACCACGCGCUCACCAUGAGCCAGUACUGGGCCACGGCGGCGGGCAAGGCGCACUUUAUCAUUGACGGCUACAUCUUCGCGCAGACGGCCUGGUACGCCUGGACCGAGCUGAGCCAGAUGUACGCCAUCGGACUAUCCAUGUACUUCAAGAGCUACUGGAACACCUUUGACACCACCAUGAUCACGCUCGUGCUCAUCAUCCCGCCGCUGCACGUCAUCCGCCUCACCGAUGACGCGGGCGGCGCGCUGGCGCCCAUGAUCGCAUUCGCCAUGAUCCUGGUCUGGUUCAAGUCGUUGUUCUACGGGCUCGCCUUCGAGCCGUUCGGCCCCAUCGUGAACAUGGUGUUCCAGGUGGCUCGCGCCAUCCGGCAGUUCUGCGUCAUGCUGUUCAUGUGCAUGUGCUCCUUCGGCGUGGCGCUCAUGGUGCUCAGCCAGUACAGCCAGUUCACCACCGGGCGGCCGGAGCAGUUCUCGCGGGACGGCACGCAAGACUUUGGCCGCACCAUGUUCACCAUGUGGCGCGGCGUGCUGGGCCAGUUCGACAUCGCCUGGGCGUGGGGCAGCACGUGGCAGGAGCUGUCGCUCAUCUUCUUCUCGGGCUUCAUGUUCCUGGUGCAGAUCCUGCUGCUCAACAUGCUGAUUGCGCUGAUGCGGGAGGUGUACAACCGCGUCAAGCACACGGAGGAGGACGUGUUCCUCAAGGGCCGCGCCAGCCUCAUCGUGGAGGUGGAGACGCUCAUGGCACGCAAGCAGCUGGAGCGCUACGCCAACAUGCCGCCCUACGUGCACCUGCUCACGCCCGUGCGCCGCGGCGACACGCGCGAGCGGUCAGGCAUCGAGGCGCGGCUAGAAAAGCUGGAGCAGAUGCUCAUGAAGCUGCAGGACGCGCUAGACCAAGGCCUGUCCGGCCCUCGCGGCCAGGGCGGCGGCGGCCCGUCCGGCCCGUCCGGCCCGGUCGGGCAGCUCAUCACCGGCGACCACGGCGACGGCUCCAACAUCAACACCGCGGGCCUGACGCAGGAGCAGCUCAACCUGAUCCAGAUGCAGGCGGGCAAGCUCAAGGAGAUGGAGGACCAGUUCCCGGCCGUCAUCCGACAGCUGGACCGCGUGCAGCGCUCCGUCAACAACCAGGAGCUGCGGCUGGAGGGCGUGGUGACGGUGCUGCGCGACAUUGAGAACCUGCUGCGCAACCAGCAGCCGGUGGUGAUCCACCAGGAGAACCGGCCGGCGCCGCGGCGUGGCAGCAUCCUGACGGAGGCGGAGCUGGAGGCGGAGGUGAAGCGGCUGCUGGGCAAGGGCGAGGAGAAGCUCUGAGCGCCGGCUUGAGGCGUUGUGACAGCAGCAGGAGGAGGAGGAGGAGGAGGAGGAGGAGCAGGCGGAGGGAGGACUGGGAGGCGAGGUGACAUGAGGUGGAGGGCAUCGGGUUGGUGAUGGGGGAGCGUGUGCGGCGCUGCGGUGUGCCGCCGCCAGUGCGGCGGCCGGCGCAGCUGUGGGUGUGCAGCUGUGCAGCUGUGCGGCGGCUGCCUUGCUGCGUGCUGUUAAAGCCAUCGGUAUACCUGACAUGCACGGGCUGCGUGGCUGCCGGUGGUUACUAUUCAAAACUGUGUCACCCCGUCUUGUGGGCGAGACGGAGCUGGGCUGCGGUCUUGGCGUGUUUUGCUUAUGUGUCUAAUUUGUGGUACUGUCAACGAGACACCUGCUGCGGAAGCAGAGAUUGCUGGCGGCAAGCCUGGCCUUCUUUUGUGCGCGUGUGCGGCAUGUGCCAACGGCCGCUGCUGGUGAUUAAGAUGAUGACAAAUGGCUCAAGGUUUGUGCGCCAUAGAACGUAUGCAGGCUCAAGUGCCACGCAUGUAUAGAGAGAUACCCAGCCUUCAGCGGCGCUUGCUGGCGCCAACAUAUGCCGAGAGGCAAGGUGAUGUUGAUGUGCAGUGCGUGCAGUGCGUGUGUAGGGCAGGCCGGCAGGACGACAAGUGACCGGGAUUCAUGCAGAGAGUCUGCACCAUAUACGAAGUGCGAUCCACACGCAUGCAUGUUUUUGGGGAGGUACAUAAAAUGGUUGGUUUGGAGCGCGUGCAUGCGUGCGGGCAAGUGUACAUAGCCACACAGGGUAUUGGGCUUGCUCCUGAUUGAGAUGUAAUGUAGCGUAAGC